AUGUCGAAAGCACAAACCAAAGACAAUAAAGUGAACAAGGCAGAGAAACCAAGAAGCACCGCCAAAAGAGACGAGUUAGCAGCUAUUGAAAAAGAGAUGACCACCCAAUGGGAAGCGAACCACUUAUACGAAACAGGCGAAUUGAACUUAUCACAGAAGAAGUUCAUGCCCACAUUCCCGUUCCCAUACAUGAAUGGUAGACUUCAUUUGGGACACACUUUCACUUUAACAAAAGCCGAGUUUGCGGCUCGAUAUCACAAAUUGAAAGGUGAAGCUGUCGUGUUCCCAUUUGGGUUCCAUUGCACUGGAAUGCCAAUCAAGGCUUGUGCGGACAAAUUGAAGAAUGAGAUAGAGAAAUAUGGAUGCCCACCCGUCUUCAAAGACGACGAAGAAGUCACUGAGACCAAAACAGUACGAGCAGUCGAAGCUAUAGAUGCCCAUCACUCCAACAAGGCAAAGGCUAAACAAAAAGGUGGAAAACAUCAAUGGGACAUUUUGAAGUCAAAUGGCAUCCCAGAGAGUGACAUCCCCAAAUUUGUCGACCCAUUGCAUUGGUUGGAAUACUUCCCAACAUGCGGUGUUGAAGACUUGAAAUUAAUGGGUCUUGCGGUCGACUGGAGAAGAUCGUUCAUCACAACAGACCACAACAAGUUCUAUGACUCCUUUGUCCAAUGGCAGUUCUGGAGAUUGAAGAACCUCGGGAAGAUUCUCUUUGGGAAGAGAUACACUAUUUACUCCCCACUUGAUGGACAACCAUGCGCAGAUCAUGAUAGAUCAAGCGGUGAAGGUGUCCUUCCACAGGAAUACACUGCAAUCAAGAUGAAAGUGUUGGAGACCAAGUCCGAGUUGGUCAACAAAUUCAUGAAAGAAGGCAAAUCAGUCUUUUUGAUUGCUGGCACUUUAAGACCAGAGACUAUGUAUGGACAAACAAACUGUUGGAUCCACCCUGAUAUCGAGUAUCACCUCUUCGAGAUGAAAAAUGGUGAAAUUGUUGUGUGCACACAAAGAUGUGGAAACAAUUUGGUAUACCAGGAAUUACUCAAGGCCGAACCAGUGAAUGGGAAAGCUGUUACUUUGGGUUCAGUGAAGGGGUCUGAAUUACUGGGAGCUGCUUUGAAAGCACCAUUGACGUCUUAUGAGAAGAUUUAUACUCUUCCUAUGACAACAAUUUUGGAAGAUAAAGGGACUGGAAUAGUCACUAGUGUCCCAUCUGAUUCUCCGGACGAUUAUAUGAACAUUUUUGUUUUGAAGAACAAACCGGAGUAUAGAAAGAAGCUUAAUGUUGAAGACAAGUGGGUUGUCCCCUUCGAUUUGAUUGAAAUUUGUGAAAUCCCAGAGCUUGGAAAACACGCUGCUAAGACUGUUUGUGAACAAAUGAAGAUCAAGUCACCAAAUGACAGAACAUUACUUGAUGAGGCUAAAGAGAAAGUGUACACCCAAGGCUUCUAUAAUGGUGUGUUGACUGUUGGGAAAUAUGCUGGUCAAAAGAUUAAAGACGCCAAGACUCCAAUUCGCGCAGAAAUGAUCGAAGCCGGAGAAGCUUUUGUUUACUCUGAGCCGACCGCUCAAGUCAUUUCUAGAAGUGGAGAUGAGUGUGUUGUGUCAUUGUGUGAUCAAUGGUAUAUCACUUAUGGUGAAGAAAAUUGGAAGAAUGAGACUUUGAGACGUCUUGAAACAAUGGAAACAUUCCACAACUCUACCCGUGAGACUUUGAAGCACGGACUGAACUGGAUGAACCAAUGGGCAUGUUCGAGAAACUUUGGUCUUGGAACAUUAAUCCCAUGGGAUAAGAGAUACUUGAUUGAGUCCUUGUCCGACUCGACUAUUUAUAUGGCUUAUUACACUAUAGCCCACUUCCUUCAAGGAAAUUUGAAUGGAACUAAAGAAGGACUUGGACAUAUUAAACCAGAGCAGAUGAUACCAACCGUCUGGGACUAUAUCUUCAACAACGGCGAGUUCCCUAAAGACACAACAAUUCCUAAAGAGACGCUGGAAGCUAUGAAGAAGGAGUUUGAGUAUUGGUACCCAUUUGAUGUCAGAGUCACUGGUAAGGACUUGUUGACCAACCACUGCUUGUUCUGUUUGUACACCCACACCGCACUUUUCGGUGAAGAAAAGUUCCCGAAAGGAAUGAGAGCUAACGGGCACUUACUUAUUAAUAACGAGAAGAUGGCUAAAUCGACUGGGAACUUCCUUUCGUUGACUGAAGGAAUUGAGAAGUACACGUCCGACGGCAUGAGAAUCGGACUUGCUGAUGCCGGUGAUGGAGUUGAAGAUGCCAACUUUGCCAAAGAAACAGCGGACACUGGUCUUUUGAGAUUACACACGUUGUUGCAAUGGAUCAAAGAGAUGUUGCAACUCAUUAAAGACAAAAAAUGCAAAGAGGGGGUGCCAUCCACUUUUGAAGAGAAAGCGUUUGACGCAAGAAUUAACAACGCUGUACUCUUAACAGAUGCGGCUUAUGAGAAGAUGUUAUUCAGAGAAGCUCUCCACAAAGGGUUCUAUGAGUUGAUCUUAUCUCGAGACUCAUACGUUGCUUAUUGUGAGACUGUUGGUAUUCAAAUGAAUGCAACAUUACUCAUGAAAUUCAUCGAAGUUCAGAUUAAGUUGUUGUACCCAAUUGCCCCACACUUCUCCGAUUACGUCUGGAGAGACUUACUUGGUAACAAGACCUUCUUAUGGAAUGAGAAGUACCCCGAGAUAUGCCCAGUCGAUCAACAAAUCGUGAAAGAGUCUGAAUACCUCGACAAGAUCAUUUAUAAAUUCAGAACAUAUAUCGACUCGUACUGCCAUCCAAAAGCUAAGAAAGGUACAAAAGCAGUGAACAAUGAACAUCCAAAACACGCAGAGAUCUUUGUUGGUACUAUUACUCCAGUAUGGCAAAUUGAAUGCGCCAAAACCCUUAAAGGGGUUGUCAAGAUGGUUGACGGAGAAGUCGUCAUCCCAGCUCAAAGAGACUUGGCAGGCAUUUUGUGUAAGAAUGAGAUCAUCAAGAAGAACUCAAAGAAAGCCAUGUCCUUCGCUAUGAUGCUUGUUGAGAAUGUCAAAAAAGACGGUGUUGUCGCACUCGAUAUUUCCAUCCAAUUUGAUGAAGUCGGAUUCUUGAAGACGCAAAUCGUUUACUUGCAGAAAUUACUCAAAAUCGAAGAAAUCACUGUAGUCGCCGUUGAAAAAGAAGACGAGAAAUUAAUCCCAGGUGAACCACUCAUGACAAACUUUAAAUAA